AAAUUUCACUUUUUUUUUUUUCAGGAGGGAAACUUCACUAGCCUAGCUAGAUUUGUCUCGAGUUAGAUUUUUAAAAAUUGGGCUACCCGAGUGUUCUUUUUAAAAAAUAUAGUGAUUUUUAUCACACUGAAGGGAGUCCUCACGUCAUGUCUGGUAUAGCCUUAAGUCGUCUUGCACAAGAAAGGAAGGCCUGGAGGAAAGACCAUCCUUUUGGGUUUGUUGCUGUGCCAACAAAAAACCCAGAUGGAACAAUGAACUUGAUGAAUUGGGAGUGUGCCAUCCCUGGAAAGAAGGGGACUCCAUGGGAGGGGGGCUUGUUUAAACUCCGAAUGCUCUUCAAGGAUGACUAUCCUUCUUCACCUCCCAAGUGCAAAUUUGAGCCCCCUUUGUUCCAUCCAAAUGUAUAUCCCUCUGGUACAGUCUGUCUAUCAAUUUUAGAGGAGGACAAAGACUGGAGGCCAGCCAUCACUAUCAAACAAAUAUUGUUAGGAAUCCAAGAGCUCCUAAAUGAACCAAAUAUCCAGGAUCCUGCACAAGCUGAGGCGUAUACAAUUUACUGCCAAAACAGAGUGGAAUAUGAAAAAAGGGUUCGAGCACAAGCCAAAAAGUUUUCUCCAUAAAGCUUCAAGACUACGCAAGAUUGAAAUUGGUUUGCUGAGGAUUUUGUCUCUGCCCCCUUUUUGUCUGCCUCCAACUAUGUCCAUUGUUCACCUAUUUCCUGCUGGACUGUUUUAAAACUGAAUGUGUGCCAUUUCUGUCCAUCACCCACAUACUGAUGCACCCCUUUGCUUUUUUUUGACUCGGAAGUCCUGGAUUUGAAGGUGGACUAUGCCUCCACCACAAAGGAUUUUCCGUACUCCAACUGUGGUAUUUCUUUUUCAAGAGCUCACGCUUGUCAGAAAAGACUAUGAAAUGGGAGUCACUUCUGUUAAUUUUUUUUAUUAAUGUAUUCAAUGUUAGAAUUAUUUUGCCUACGUUCUGAUAAAGAUAUAGAAAAACCGGCCUCGAUGAACCCAUUCAAAGGUAGUUUAGUGUAUCUGCAUCAGACUCUGUUAAGUUGUUUUGGUCCAAAUAUUUAGGUUUAAAUAAAAUGUUUGUACCAAGUAAGUGUUAAUACAUGUAGAUGGACUCAGUUCCAUCUUUCCCAAUG